UUCUCUUGAAAGUUGUUGAGAGAAUACAGCUUGCUCCAAAGUUGCGGCUUAAAAACAGUAUCUCUAAACUCAGGAGGAAAGAAAGAAAGCUCCUAACCUCGAUUACAGGGUCUUGAAAAAGUUUUAAACUUCUCUUCUCAAGAAAACUCAUUCAAGACAAGAAGCCGGCUGGGAAACGAUCGAGCCAUGUUGACAAACGCUGGGAGAUUCAUAGACAGAAAUCCUGGAAUUGUUCCGGCGGGAAAGCUUUUCAAUGUUAGCGGCGAAACAUCCGGAGACUGCUUACAAAUACCACAACGGCCUCUCAAACCAGAGACAGUGCGAAAGUUUCGAGCAACAACGCAACCCGAAGCAGCAAAAGAGAGAGUAUUUUAUGGCAGAGCGAAUGAUCCCGACAUCGCUUCACGAAUCGUUCACGGAGUCAACACGAAAUCUUCACUUGUUGCCGGAGAUCUUGUGAAUCCCACCAGGAAAAGCUUAUUCUCUCAAAGGAUGCUUGAUAAAAAGGAAGGCCUUUAUGCAAGCAGGAAGAAUGCCCCUUUAGGGCGUUGCCACGACCAAAGGCCAGGACUGCCAAAUGGUGUGGGACCUACUGAUGUCAUGUAUGGAGUCAAAACUAUCAAAGAUGGAAGUGCUGGGGAGAUGGUGAAUCCAAGUAAGACUGCAGCACAAGUGAACACUGAGUCACUGGAAGGCAAAGAACUUUACAAAGUUAGCCACAAUGACUUUGACGUGGGUGAAAUGGUUGAUAGAAAGUACGACUGGAGCAGAAUACCCAGAGACAGCAAGUUUGGUGUGGAAACGCCACAUAACAACGAUGGGAUACAUGUGAGAAAAACACUCAAGUGGCUUCAUGAGACACAACAGGAAAAGGCAACAAAGAUUGUCUCAAAGCGAGUGGAUGACUUCCGAGAAAGAACCCAGCCUCAACUUGGCAAAGUACAUGAUCCCAUCAAAGAUACACUCAGAGUCACUCCAGAUCAUACGUUUGGUGUUAUGGUCAAACCCGACGAGUAUGGCGCAGGGGAUUUAAUCCACAUGCGUGUUCCUGGGAAGUACCUUCGAGGUCAAGACAGAGAGAGGGGAGUGUUAGCUGCUGUGAGGCAUCAUUUGAAGCAAGCAAAUUACCACAAUUUCCAUGAUCUGAGAGCUGCUUUUCAAUAUUAUGACAAGGAUAAUUCUGGGAAAAUUUCACUUGAUGAAUUGCGAGAAGUGUGCAUCCAGUUCAACCUUCCUGUGGAACCCGAGCUCCUGGAGUCCAUGUUUGCUUACUGUGACGUUGAUGGUGAUGGCCAGAUUAACUAUGAUGAGUUUGCUAACUUCCUUAACUGGAAAGACAAGAUGCCGUCAGGAGCAAUCAAGGGUGCCGUGACAACUACACAACAGGGUGAAACAACUGAGGGAGAAGUGAAGGAGGAGGGGCAAAAGACAGGCGAGUCAACACCAACAAGACUCCAGAAACAGAUUGACCAAGCAGUAGGGGGCUGGAAAACUUCAUCAUCUCAAUUUAAUGAUGUCACUGGAAAGAUCAGAACAUCAGGCUGGAGGGCUUAUGGAGUCCCAACGAUUAGAUCAGAUUUACCAGCACCGAAUACAAGACGAGUAGGUGAUACUAAGAACUAUGGUGAUGAAUCUGAUGCCUAUGGCUUGAUUAACCCAUCGAUUUACAGUAACCGUGGAGUCUACGAGAAGGACUUCUUUCAACCCAGAGAUCAGUAUGAGAUAAGAAGAAUCUUUGAUGGAAUUGGAGUUGAGAUGACAACCAAUGCAUUUGAAAAGAUUUGGGAACAAGCGAGCACACGGCACCCUAAUGGACUGGUCAGUGUGGAGUCAUUCAGAGGAGUCAUGGAUGAAGUGACUGCACAGAAACUUGCUGAAACCCAAGUGUCGUAAAAACAAGAAUGCAAAUCAGUGAUUAUUUCUUUUCGAAUAAUGCCAAGACACAAAUAGCUAAAUAUUUUUUAACAACUCAGAUUUUAUUUCAGAGUUCAAGCUUGAUUCUGAGUACAAUGUAAAACAUAGUUUUCAUAGCACAGCAUUUUGAAACAGUUUUAAGUCUCUGUCUAAUACAUUUGGUGUCUCUUUACAUUUGUUAAAUUUAACUAUUAAUUGUAUGAAAUAAGAAAUUAAAACUAAUUAUGAUAUAUAACAACCUACAUGGAGUAUUUUGUAAAUAAACAAACGUUUGAGACUUAAAAAUAAAUCGAUCAAUAAAAAGUUGGUUAAAAGAAGUUGGUUAAAAACAACUCUACAGUUUUGUUUAAUGCCUACAUAACGAUCUUAAUACAUAAAAUAUGUUAGCAUGCAUGCAAUUGCUCUUAACAUGUCAUGUGACUGAAUGUGCCCAAGCUAAAUUAAAACUGGGGAAUGUCUCAGUGAUAUUCCCCAAUUUUCAACGCUGUGCGUGUUGCGCAAAAUAUUUGAAGGAUAAUUAACACAAAACCCUCCA